UCCCUCCUUAUGUUGUUAGCCCCGCCUAAUCGCGCGAGUAGAACCCAACAGCCGUCUUCUCACGCAAGAUCUACUCGUCUUCAUUUCAUCAGAGGAGAAACCCAGACCUUCGAACCAGAACCAAAAUGGCUUAGACCCCACCCCCUCUUUCUCACUUCAAUCCCCCAAAACCUCAAAAAAUUACCAAAAAAAAAACACCCCUACCUCCUUUUAAGAACACUUCUAACCUCCAUUCCCAUCUCUACUCUCCCUCACAAUCCUAAAUUCUCCCCACCAGAACCCAAACGUUAGAAAUGGACAUCCUCUUCGCGCAGAUCCAAGCCGAUCUCCGCUCCAACGACGCCCUCCGCCAAUCUUCCGCCCUCCUGCAGGCCCUCCAGCAGUCCGCCGCUGGCAAGGACAUCUCCUCCCUCGCCCGCUCCGCCUGCGAGGAGAUCGUCGCCUCUCCCGCUUCCGCCGUCUGCAAGAAGCUUGCUUUUGAUCUCAUCCGUUCGACCCGCCUCACUCCCGAUCUGUGGGACACUGUCUGCACAGGCGUCCGCUCCGAUCUCGACUUCCCUGACCCCGACGUCACUGCCGCUGCCAUCUCCAUCCUCGCCUCUAUUCCCUCCCACCGCCUCGCCCGCCUCAUCUCUGACGCCAACAAGGAGAUCUCCUCCUGCUUUGACUCCCCCUCUGACAACCUCCGCUACUCCAUCACUGAGACCCUCGGCUCCAUCCUUGCCCGGGACGACCUUGUCCUCCUCUGUGAGAACAAUGUCAAUCUCCUUGACCGUGUCUCUAGCUGGUGGAAGAGGAUCGGCAGCAACAUGCUCGACCGCUCAGAUGCUGUCUCCAAGGUCGCGUUUGAAUCUGUAGGCCGCCUGUUCCAAGAAUUCGACUCGAAGAGGAUGUCACGGCUUGCUGGGGAUAAGCUCGUGGAUAGUGAGAAUUCUCUUGCGAUCCGGUCGAACUGGGUGUUGUCUAUGGUGGACUUUGUGUGGAAGAAGCGGAGCGCGUUGAUGGCCCGGUCUCUGAUUGUGCCAAUAGAGAGCUUCCGGGCCACGGUGUUCCCAAUUGUGUAUGCAGCAAAGGCUGUGGCUUCUGGUCUUGUAGAUGUCUUGAGGAAGGUUACGAAGGCAGGGGGGAGUAAUGUUGGGAGUGGGCUGGAUUCGGGGAGUAAUGCAGAGAAGGUGGUGGGUGUUUCGGAUAUUGUCUCACAUCUGGUGCCAUUCUUGGCGUCUUUGGAUCCAGCGUUGAUUUUCGAGGUGGGGAUUAAUAUGCUGUCAUUGGCAGAUGUUCCGGGAGGUAAGCCAGAAUGGGCUUCGGCGUCAAUCACUGCAAUUCUCACGCUUUGGGAUAGGCAGGAGUUUUCGUCUGCUAGGGAGAGCAUUGUGAGGGCUGUUGUUACGAAUCUCCACCUCCUUGAUCUUCAUAUGCAGGUUUCAUUAUUUAAGAGGUUGCUUCUCAUGGUGAGAAACCUGAGGGCAGAAUCAGACCGAAUGCAUGCUUUGGCAUGUAUCUGUCGUACAGCUCUUUGUGUCGAUCUUUUUGCAAAGGAAAGUGUACGAAGAGGUCAGAAGCCCCUUCCCGGAACUGACAUUGCUUCGCUUUUCGAGGAUGUGAGGAUUAAAGAUGACCUUAACAGUGCUACAAGUAAAAGCUUAUUCAGAGAGGAGCUAGUUGCUUCAUUGGUAGAAAGUUGCUUUCAGUUAUCUCUUCCAUUGCCCGAACAAAAGAAUUCUGGUACAGAGAGCAGAGUGAUUGGAGCUUUGGCUUAUGGAACUGGUUAUGGUGCAUUAAAUUGGACGGAGCCAGCUUUGGAGGUGGUUGAAGUUUGUAGGCCUUGCGUGAAAUGGGAUUGCGAGGGUCGAACAUAUGCUAUAGACUGUUAUUUGAAGCUGCUGGUUAGGUUGUGCCACAUUUAUGAUACCAGAGGGGGCGUUAAAAGGGUUAAAGAUGGUGCUUCUCAAGAUCAGAUCCUGAAUGAAACGAGGUUACAGACUUUGCAACAGCAACUUAUUAAAGAUCUGCGUGAGGUGAACACACCAAGAAUAUGCGCACGCCUGAUUUGGGCUGUUUCAGAACACUUUGAUCUAGAAGGCCUGGAUCCUCUUCUAGCUGAUGAUCCUGAAGACCCACUGAACAUAAUAAUAUCAAAUAUUCACAAGGUGCUGUUCAACUUAGAUUCAUCUGCAACUACUUCGAAUAGGCUUCAAGAUGUGCAGGCAGUCCUCCUUUGUGCACAGCGCUUAGGAUCACGGCACCCUAGGGCAGGACAGCUGUUGACUAAAGAGCUUGAAGAUUUCAGAAAUAAUGGCUUAGCUGAUUCUGUGAACAAGCAUCAGUGCCGUCUUAUCUUGCAGAUAAUUAAAUAUAUCACAAGUCAUCCAGAAAGCAAGUGGGCAGGGGUUGGUGAAGCCAGAGGUGAUUAUCCAUUUAGCCACCACAAACUUACAGUUCAGUUUUAUGAAGCAUCUGCAGCUCAAGACAGGAAAUUGGAAGGGUUGGUUCACAAGGCCAUUCAAGAGCUUUGGAGGCCAGAUCCUAGUGAAUUAACUCUUUUGCUGACGAAGGGCAUUAAUUCUACAUUCCUUAAGGUGCCUCCAAGUGCAUUUACUUUGACUGGUAGUAGUGAUCCUUGCUAUGUUGAAGCUCAUCAUUUGUCAGAUUCAAGUGAUGGAAGGAUUACACUACAUCUAAAGGUUCUAAAUUUGACCGAACUAGAACUUAAUCGAGUGGAUAUCCGUGUUGGGCUAUCUGGUGCUUUGUAUUUUAUGGAUGGAUCUCCUCAAGCAGUGCGGCAGUUGCGUAAUCUUGUUUCACAGGAUCCAGUGCCCUGCAGUGUAACUGUGGGGGUCUCCCACUUUGAGAGGUGUGCACUGUGGGUUCAAGUAUUGUACUAUCCUUUCUAUGGCAGCGGUGUAGCAGGAGACUAUGGUGAGGGAGACUAUACAGAAGAUGAUCCUUCUCAAGUCAUGAGACAGAAGCGAAGCUCAAAGCAAGAACUAGGAGAACCGGUGGUUUUAAGAUGUCAGCCAUAUAAGAUUCCUCUUACUGAUCUUCUUUUGCCUCACAAAUGCUCGCCUGUUGAAUAUUUCCGUUUUUGGCCUAGUUUACCAUCUAUAAUAGAGUACACAGGUGCAUAUACUUAUGAAGGCAGUGGUUUCAAGGCUACCGCCGCACAGCAAUACGAGGCUUCACCCUUUCUCAGUGGACUCAAAUCACUAUCAUCUAAGCCUUUCCACCUAGUUUGCUCACAUAUCCUUAAAACAGUGGCAGGAUUUCAACUAUGCUAUGCUGCAAAAACUUGGUACGGUGGCUUUGUGGGUAUGAUGAUCUUUGGUGCUAGUGAGGUAAGCAGAAAUGUUGAUCUGGGAGAUGAAACGACAACCAUGAUGUGCAAAUUUGUUGUCCGGGCAUCUGAUGCAUCAAUCACAAAGGAGAUAGGGUUGGAUCUACAAGGAUGGUUAGAUGAUAUAACAGAUGGCGGUGUGGAGUACAUGCCUGAAGAUGAAGUGAAAGUGGCUGCAGCAGAGAGGCUGAGGAUCUCAAUGGAACGGAUAGCGUUGCUGAAAGCAGCCCAACCGCCGCCCCAACCUCCAAAAGAAGAAGUGGAAGAAGAAGAGGAAGAGGAGGACAGCGAUGAUGAGAAGAAGAAGAAGAAAAAGGAUAGCCAAAUUGAAGAUGGUAAACCCAAGGGGCCUUCAACUCUAUCAACUUUGACUGCAGAGGAAGCUGAACACCGAGCGCUUCAGGCAGCAGUACUUCAGGAGUGGCAUAUGCUGUGCAAGGAGAAAGCAGUCAAAGUCCGUUGAUUCACAUCUGUUUCAGGUUCUUGUAUCGGGGAGAUGAUUUUGGUGGAUCCAUCGACGGAGAGGUGGGAGGAGCUCUGCUGGGUGAGGCUCUGCAUUCGGGUAAGGAAGUUGAAGAGGACUCCAGAUAAGAUUUCGCUCCAAGUUGGAGAAGAUGUUAUUCACAUCGGCGUGCAAAAGGAAGGAUUGCAAGCUGUUGAAGGCCAAAUUACAGUAGGUCCUUAGAAGAUAGUAGGGAAUCCGGUUAGACCCCCGGCUAGAGAGGAAGGUGAAGGAACUCUCUCGUCCUCCCGCGGACCUCACUGAUUUGCCACCACAAGUGUGAAGCUCCAUCACCACCUCAGAAAUAGGGGAAAAAGCUUGGACAUGGUUAUGCCACGUAGGCUGCCAUUGAUUUAUGAAGAAGAUAUUUUCCUUAAUCUUGACCCUGAUGUUCUAACCUCGGCGUGCCCGUGCGCUAGAGACGAUUCGAGAGAGUGUCUCAUGUGUGAGCUUACCACUCCGUUUAUCCUAGGUGCGUGCCGAGAAGGGCAUCCAUCGACAUCUCGAUAGAUGGACGAGAUGCAAUUACGCUGCUCCCAAGGACAGAUGGAGGAACACGAUUGUAUCCAGACACUGAUGGAAGACAUUAGCACUACCACACAAAAAAAAUCAUCUUAAUUCUCCUGGCAACGAGAAUUCCGAGCUUCGAUAUCGGGAUGCAAUUUUGGAUCCUUGCACUCUCAAUAGCAGAGCUACUGCAGCUGGAAUUUCUCUCGUUAACUACGUGAUUUUGAGGGGCUCACAGCUUCAUCUCAUCUACUUUGAAAAAGAGGGAACAAUUAAUACACCUAUCUUGGAGCAACAAUCUUCGCUAGUAACACUUUACACCCGUCAAGAGGAUUUUGAAUGUGUCUAAUUUCGGAGCACAGA